AUGGAGUCCAGCACGGCACACAGAGCUCAUGCUUCAACUGAAGGAGUUACAAGUAUUUUUUUGAAGGCUGCUGUGUGCUGGCUUCCUCAUGCAGAAGGCUAUUUUGCUAAGAAGCUGGCUGAGUUUACAACCACAAAGGGUGUCACCACCAUCAUCGGCGGUGGUGAUUUUGUUGCUGCUGUUGAGAAGGCUGGGCUUGCUGACAAGAUGAGCCACAUUUUUUUACCAGGCGUCCUUUGCCUCGAUGAGGCCUAA